AGCCCGGCACACAGCGCGCAGCGGCCAGGGUGGGUGAACGCGGCUCCGGCUGCUGCUCCCGGCCCCGGCCCCGCGGACCAUGGUGCAGUUCCCGGCGCUCACGAACUACUGGCCGCUUGUGCGCUUCCUCGUGCCCCUCGGCAUCACCAACAUCGCCAUCGACUUCGGCGAGCAGGCAUUGAACAGGGGUAUCGCAGCUGUCAAGGAAGAUGCUGUGGAAAUGUUGGCCAGCUAUGGGCUAGCUUACUCUCUAAUGAAGUUCUUCACGGGUCCAAUGAGUGACUUCAAGAAUGUGGGCCUGGUAUUUGUGAAUAGCAAGCGAGACAGAACCAAAGCUGUUUUGUGUAUGGUUGUAGCUGGUGCUGUGGCUGCUGUAUUUCAUACCUUGAUAGCAUAUAGUGAUUUGGGGUAUUACAUUAUUAACAAGUUGCACCAUGUGGAUGAAUCUGUGGGAAGUAAAACGCGAAGGGCCUUCCUUUAUCUUGCUGCCUUCCCUUUUAUGGAUGCCAUGGCUUGGACCCAUGCUGGCAUUCUCUUGAAACACAAGUACAGUUUCUUGGUGGGAUGUGCCUCCAUCUCAGAUGUCAUAGCUCAGGUUGUUUUUGUAGCCAUUUUGCUCCACAGUCACUUGGAAUGCAGAGAGCCUCUCCUCAUCCCAAUCCUGUCCCUGUACAUGGGAGCACUUGUCCGAUGUACCACCCUCUGCCUGGGUUACUACAGGAAUAUACAUGAUAUUAUUCCCGACAGAAGUGGACCUGAGAUGGGGGGAGAGGCUACAAUAAGGAAGAUGCUGAGUUUCUGGUGGCCUUUGGCAUUAAUUUUGGCAACUCAGCGAAUCAGCAGGCCUAUUGUCAACCUUUUUGUCUCUCGAGACUUGGGUGGCAGCUCUGCAGCCACAGAGGCCGUGGCAAUUCUGACAGCUACAUACCCUGUGGGACAUAUGCCAUAUGGCUGGUUGACAGAACUUAGAGCAGUCUACCCUGCAUUUGACAAGAAUAACCCCAGCAAUAAAAUGGUGAACACCAACAGCACAGUAAGAGCAACACAUAUCAAGAAGUUCACGUUUGUCUGCAUGGCGCUGUCCCUAACGCUCUGUUUCGUGAUGUUUUGGACACCAAAUGUAUCAGAGAAGAUUUUGGUUGACAUCAUUGGUGUGGACUUCGCCUUUGCAGAGCUCUGUGUUGUUCCUUUGCGUAUCUUCUCCUUCUUCCCAGUUCCAGUGACAGUUAGAGCACAUUUGACAGGUUGGCUGAUGACACUGAAGAAGACAUUUGUACUGGCACCCAGCUCAGUUCUGCGGAUUAUCGUCCUCAUCACUAGUCUCAUUGUUCUGCCUUACUUGGGGGUCCACGGAGCCACCCUAGGAGUUGGGUCACUUCUAGCUGGUUUUGUAGGAGAAUCUACCAUGGUUGCAAUAGCAGCUUGCUAUGUCUAUAGAAAACAGAAAAAGAAGCGGAACGAGAAUGAGACAGCUACGGAAGGUGAAGACUCAGCAAUGACUGACAUACCUCAAACAGAGGAAAUGACAGACAUCGUAGAAAUGAGAGAAGAGAAUGAAUAAUUAAAUGGGACAUGACUAUUCUCUGCCAGGACAACUGGAAUGACACUUCAGCAUCUUUUCUUCUCUCAUAUUUUUUUUUGGUUUGUUUUUAUUUUUGUAAUAAAGAGGCCUUGAUUUAAAAGGUUUCAGAUAAAUUAUCUAGCAUACUGAGUAUGCUUACAUUGAUGAGGGACCUAAAGCAAGGUCUCUGCUUUUUUUCCUUUUUAGUUGAAUUUGUUUUCCUGCACCAUGCAAACUCAAAAGAUAUAGCUGCAUUACAGUAGAAGGAGUCUUCCUUACUUACACAUUCAUCACCUUUGGACAAUCUGCAUUUGUCAACCGAAGUCCUGCUGUGUGUCUUUGUGCCAUUCACUCUGUUGCCAUCCUUUCUGCUUUCACCUUUCCUUUUUUUUUUAAAAAAUUAAUGAGUGAUUUAAAAAAAAUGGAAAAUGCAGCUUUAUUUUUCUUGCUUGAAAAUGACUUUGCUACAUAUACAACUGUACCAUGGUGGACUGUUCUGUUUGGUCUCAUCACUGGCUGUUAUACUGUACAUUGUUAUAAAACAAAGUAGGAAGGCAUAAGCCCUAAUUAGGAAAAAGCACAGAGGGGAAAAAAUAAAACACAGGACAAAAAAUCGACGUAUCCUUUGUUAAGUCAUCAGAGAUUAAAGUUUGUUUUUUUAAGUGCAAACAUUUGAGUCAAGUUUCCUAGAAGGCUAGUCCCAGUCUUACAUAUCAUUUCCAUGAGAUACAUUUUCAUUCUCUGUUUCCAGUAAGGGUUAUGCAGCUAGUAGAGUGGUACAAUUGUAUCUAAGGUUCUUUCCUAAGGGAGAAAAAGAAAAACAAAUGAAGCUUUACCAAAGUUCUCAUCUUCUGGUCUGACGAAUGUUCAGUGUAUUAAUUUUCCAGUAUGGUUUGCUCUAUAAUUACUUCUGUGAUAUGUAUUCAGAAAUAUAUGAGCCAGUGCAGUACACUAUGAUAUAAUCCAUUUGAUACCAGUAGCCCUAUCCAAUAUAUGGGGAUUUCACUUUAACAUACUUCCCUAUGUACAGUAGAUCAGUAUGAGUGAAGCUUGAGUACCAAGGACACCACACCGGGGACCUGACUGCAAACCCUGUACCCACUGGAGACUCAUGAGAGAAGUUCUGGGAGAAUCAAAAGGACAGCUCACAUGAGUAAGUGCACGCAUUGUGAACGAGGUAGGCAUUGACAUUUAAGUGGGUAUCAAAGAAAGUAGAAGGUCCUUGAAUGGAUGAUCUGUGUUGGGGGUGAAUUUAGUCCUGCGUGAGAUGUCCCUAAUUAAUAACUUUAUUUAGUAAAGUAUAUUUUUCUAAGUUGUAGAAGUGAAUUAUUAUUUACUUAUGGACAAAUUGAGUUUCUAGAUUAUUUAGCAGGUAGUCCUAACACUUCAAAGAAUUGAUCAAAUCUAAAUAAAAUUAUUAUUUUAAAUAUUAUAUCAAUAUAUGUGUAUAUAUACAUAUGUAUGUGUAUAAAUAUAUAUAUUGUAUAUUAUGUAUAAUUUAUUUUAGGCUACAAUACAUUUCCUAUUUUUCCAAGUUCAGUAAAAAAAAAUCUCUAAUACAAUACAAAAUUUGCUCAUGUAUCAAUAUUACCUGUAGUAAAACGUAUUGUAUAAGUUAAUAUGCAUUUUAUCUGCAAUGUUUGUACUAGAUUUGUUACAUGUACAAAUGCAAUAAGAUAAACAAAUGAAACGCUUCGUCAUGAACAUGAGUUGUGAAAAAUCAGUCUGUUGCUACUGAAAAUGAUGGCACUGGAAGGAUAAAAGAGUAUCUGUGUUUUCAGUGCUACAGCAGGUUCUUCCCACUGUUCCUUACAGUAGCAGAAUAAACUCAGACAAAUCAACUUUGUGCAUGCACAUAUAGAUUUUUGAGAACAGACUCACAGCCAUGUGUAUAUACCCUGUACAUAGAUUAUUGUAUAUCAUAGUGGCCAGUUCGUCUUAUCUAUUGCCAUAAUUUUGCUUUCUCCAGUGCUCCUGUAUUCAAAUUCUCAACAAGCAUUUUUGACAGCAGUAGAGGUAAAAUGAGAAAAUACUUUUAUUGUAAUCUUUUUUUCUGGUACAUGACUAGAAAUUUAAGCAGCAAUAUUUUUUAAUAGUUGUGAGUAUUGAAUAUUUAUUUAGGGUUUAAGCUAAGAAUUCCACUAUUUCAAAAAAGCAACAAUAAAACCCCCAAUAUUUAAAUAGUAAAGCUUUUAGAUUAGGUAGAAGUUUGAGCGAAUAUUAAACACCAAAUUAUUGGUGAUACAAGCGAAAGGUGAAAUUUUAGUUAAAGUGGGGGGAAAUGUUUACUACUUGUUUAUAUGUUGAAUUUGUAAAAUAAAGUACGUGAUCAAGGA